AUGCUGAUACUCUUUCUACAUAUACAAUAAUUACGACCUCAUCUUCCGAUUUCCUAUCUUUCAUUCAUGAUCGAAUGCCCGUGAUCUUAGAAAAUGAUUCUGAUUGUUUAGCAAAAUGGAUGGAUCCUAAUAUUCGUUGGUGUUCCGAAUUUGAAGAACUUUUAAAGCCCUACGAAGGGGAAUUAGAAUGGUUCUAUCCUGUUUCACAGGAUGUAGGAAAUGUGAGCAAUGAUUAUCCGAGUUUAAUAAAUCCUAUCACAAAAGCCAACAUUACAAGUUUUUUUUCGGGGAAAAAAGAUGAAAUAAAGGACAAAAAGUCAAAAUCAGUAAUCAAUCAGGAGGAGAAUGAUAUAAAAGAAUCAACAUCUGUUUCAAUACCAGCUAAGCGUUCAUUGGAUGAUUUGAAUGAUGAUAUAAAAGAUGACUUUACAUCGAAUGAAGGAAAUGAUCUAAAGCGAUCACAUAAACUUCCACUUUCACCUCCUGAUGAAACAUCUUUCAAUAACGAAGACUCGGAUACGGAACAAUCACAAGCACCAUCUUCAA